UUCCGCUAAACUGGACAACUUUCAGAAAAGAUGGAGAACAAAGUUGAGCGUGCGGCUAACGGGAAAAACGUCUCUCUGCCUGUUUCACGUGUAAAAUUGAUCAUGAAGAGCUCUCCUGAUGUGUCGUGCAUUAAUCAGGACGCCCUUUUCUUAACAACGAAAGCGACGGAGCUUUUUGUUCAGCACUUGGCUUUGACCUCAUAUAAUAAUGGCUCAGGAAAACAGAAUGGCACUCUGUCCUACAGCGAUCUGGCUAACACUGCUGAGGAGGCAGAGCCGUUCCAGUUUCUCACAGAUAUUCUUCCAAAGAAAAUCUUGGCUAGGGAUUAUCUGAAGUCCCUGGAGGAAAUGGAAGAAGAAGACGACAACUGAUUUACACAGCCCAUAAAAACUGUUACUUUGAUUUCAUUCUUAAAAUUGUUUGAUGAUAACAUGAUGUGAACAGUUACAAUAGAAAAAAAACUUUCCUCACAACUAAUAGCAGGACAUGAACUCCCGGACAUCUCAACCACAUAAAUAUGUACAGUUCCUACACACCUCAUGGUUCAAGAGGUGACAUAAAGGUUUAUUUUUUUUGUAUUCGGAUAUGUAGUGGCCUGACCACCACCCAGCUACCUGUAGCUCACACAGCAAACCGUAAGGCAGAGUGGCCACUUUAAGUGUUUCAUACGUUUAUUUAUGUUGUAUAACUGCUGAUUAGCUCCUACAGCUAUAUUUUUGGUCAUAACCAACUCCAAUAUUACAGCUGCUUUAAAAGCAGUUACUCAGGGUGUAAACACUGUUUUAUAAAAUGGGCAUUAAUAUGUUAUUUCUUAUAAUACAUCCGAAGAUAAAAAACUCUCAUUGUGCAGAUGAAAUCUGACUUAAUCAAAAAAGAUCCUGUAGGUUUUAUCCGUGUCCUUUACUGUAGAUCACCACAGUUUGCUUGUGUGCGAGAUACUUGUACUUUUCUGCUGUUUCAUCUGAUGACAUGCACUGAGCCGAAUUUCAAAGCUGUGUGUCUUUAUACUUGAAAUUUGUUUAACAUUCAAGUUUUGUAAAGUGUACUGUAUGAUUUUUAGUCUAUUUUUGUCCAAUAAAUAAACCUUUGGUCUCUUA